AUGCAAUGGUCCACUCCGGGCCUUUGUACUUUAUUUCUAUCUCUUGUUGUCCCAACCCUCGGUAUAUGGCCAUUCUCUCCGAAGCGAUUCACUGGAAACUCGCUGGUAGGCGCCGGGUCGAGAGGCAUAGUACUUGGUGAAAGAGCUAUCGCAUUCGGAGACUUCAAUGGAGACCAAUUCCUAGAUGUCCUGAUGCUCGACGAGGACCAACAAACACUGAUUGUGUACCUCUGGGACCACGCGGAUUUUGAAUUCAAGGAAUCAGGAUCACUCAGGCAUCCAGUGGUGGUGGAGAAUGUCGUCCCCGGCGACUUUACGCACUCAGGAAAGCUGGAUUUGUUGGUUAUGGGUCGCCGCAGAACUGGUAGCACCGUCGACAUGGUGCUGUACCCCGCAUUGCCUGGCGGUGGCUUCGAUAUUGCCAACCCAAUUUCCGUGGCUUCUUCCAAGGCUCCUCAGCCAAUACCCAUCGACUUGGACGGUGACAUGAAGAUCGACCUCUUGGGAAUAACGUCUGACUCUGACAAGCCAUUGAAGGCGUGGAAAAACGUAUGGAACACGUCGAAGGCACAUUCAACAUUGUUCAACAUCAUUGAUCCACAAUUUCAUGGCACACAGUGUACUCUCGCUUCUCCUCACAGUAAUGCAGUUGUUGACCUCAACGGGGAUUGCCUCGCAGACGUCUUCCUCGUAUGCGAUGCCGGUGGAGGUAGGCGGUCCUUCCAGGUCUGGGUCAACGAGAAAGACAACGGAUUCCGUCUUGCGCAGCAAGCUAUCCUUCCUUCUGGUGUCCAAGCCAUCUCCUUCGCCGAUAUUGACCGCGACGGGACCAUCGACAUGAUCUUUCCCACCUGCUCCUCUGUCUCAACCUCUAGCGGUCUUGGAAGCAAUUGUUACAUAAACAUCGCCUACAACAAGCAACUUCCUCUGUGUGCCUCAUCCGCCACACCUUCUGUCGUCAAGGGUGUUCGUAUAUGUCGUUCCCCCGAGAGCCUGUGCAUCGCGGAUCCAGACUUCAAGUUUGAUCUGAGGGAUAGCAGUGACAACGAUGCGUUUGUCCGGUUCCCGGUGUCUUCCCUCGGCAGCGGCUCACUCCUAGUCCUCGACACUUCGCUCUCCCCAGCGGUACCUCUGCCUAUCAAACUAGGCGACGCUAACUUGGACGGGUUUCCUGAUCUACUAUUCAUAAUCGGUCAUACGCCAAAGCUCGUGUUUUCAGUCCCGUGCGGGAAGGGUGUGACCGGUUGUGCCAAGGACGGUAGUGGAAGACGUGGUUGGCAUGUCGAGAAGAAGGGAGUGGAAGUGUUAGAUUCGAUCCAGGAUGCGCGAAGUGUAUCUUUUGUGGAUAUGGAUGAAGACGGUACGUUGGACGUUAUGGUGCAACGAUCUGGUCCGGAGAAAAUACUGUUCGUGCAGAACAACUUUUACUACGAUGCAUUCUUCCUCAAGGCCAUCGUGCUGAAUGGUGCUUGCAAUAAUGGAUGGUGUUAUGGUCCCAACGGAACCCAAUAUCAUCCAUUCGGUGUCAGCUACUCCGGAGCGUCAUACAAGUACACCAUCCUCGACACCUCUGGCCGUCGCUCCGCAACGCAAAUCGGACAACUACCCCAAACGGCUUACCAUGCCCUCCAGUCGCCUUACUCCUUCUUUGGGUUAGGCCGGACGAACAACUACAUCGAGAACCUCUUUGUCGGGAGCACCAUGCAUGUUGAUGAGCAUUACAUCAACAUUGAGGGUGUCAUACCGAACUCGAAGGUGGUCAUACUGCCUGGGCAGGAUGGUGCGGCGUGGAAGAGGCAGCUGUUUUUGAGGCCGGGCAAGUGGGUUCCGUGGGUGACGGUUACGGUUGUGGUGGGGACCAUCUUGUUGGCGAUCAUUGUUCUGGUGUUGCAUUUGAAUGAAAAGAGAGAGGACGAGCUAGAGAGGCGGAGAGCGUCGCACCAUAUCAAUUUCGAUGCGCUGUAG